AUGGCGAAAAAGGAAGUCGAAAAAUUACGCAGAGAAUUAGCGGAAUUGACAUUUAAGAUAGAUGACGACAGACAACAAACAAUAGACGAAGCUUUAAAACGUUUUGAAAGCCAACAUAAAGGCACUGUUGAACAAUACGAAAAUGAACAGCAUCGUUUACGAAAUGAAGUUCAAGAUCUAUCAGAUCAGUUAUCUAGACGUAAUGACCGACAGAUAUAUAGGGAUCAUCUUUAUAUAUACGGAAAGGUUACAGAGUUCACGGGAACUUUUCACGGAAACGAACCGCAAAUUGAAAUAUUUUUAAAAGAAUGGCUUACUAAAGUCCAAAGAGCUUUAGAUAAUCCAUUGUAUGACGGACAGAAGGGUAAAGUGUUAUCAUUAUUGUUGGAAGGCUAUGCUAAAACUAACUGGGAAAUUAUGCCCGAUGCACUUAAAUCGGACUAUGACGCAAUUAUUCAGAUGUUAAAACAAACAUUUAUUGGACCGUUACAUAAACAUACAAAAGGUAUUCUGUUUAAUGAAGCACAUAUGGAGUCUGAUGAAACGUAUGAAGGAUAUGCGGCUAGAUUAAGAAUUUUAGCCCGAGAACAUUAUGAGUUCGAACCGCAAGUGAUAGAAACAGUUGUGAUAGAUCGAUUUAUGAAUACUAUUCCGGAAAAAGUAAAACGAUAUAUCUAUGAACAUUCUCAACAUAAUGACACUAUUUUGAAAUCUUUAGAAAAGAUAAUACAUAUUGCUAAAACUAAAAGUAAAUUAGAUGAAAUGGAAUCAGUUUCUCAUGCUGUCGCAGCUUCGAUUAUAGCGAGAGCUGAAGAUACCCGUCAAUAUAGGCCUCCUGAGCCUGAUUUUAGAAGAAAAUCGCCAGACGAACAAUGGUAUAGAAACCGUGCUAAGUCCAGGCAAAACACCAGCUAUGACUCUGAUGAACAACAGUCUCGUAAUACAUACAGGCGAGAUAGACGUGAUGACCGUUACCAACGAAGACGUAUACGAGGUGAUGACAACUAUAAUCACUGA